AUGAACGGAGUCACUGAGUUGCCCGCGGCCACCCCCGCAAGCGGCCCUUUAACACGCCGCUACCUGGCUUGCUCUGUGCACCCCCAGGCCACCGGCAAUUUCUGCAUGUGGCUCAGGGUCCCAGCUGGAGCCUCGGAACUCGGCACCCCCUGGGGCGGUACAGUUCGUCGCGAGCGCGCCCCUGCCUCCGUUGGGGGCCCGGUGGACCGGCGUGGACCUUGGGCUGCAGCAGAGCUGCCUCCGUCUUUUCCGCCCCAGGCAGGGUGGCUCAGGGCGCGAGGAGGAACGGGCCUCGGGACCUUACAGGACUCGCGUGCCCUCGUGCAAGGCUGGACCCCUGCCCUCACCCCUCCCCUUUCCCCGUAG